AUGACGGGGCUCGCCGUGCUCGCCGUGGGCUGCCUGCUGUUUUGGCCGUCGGGCCUGAGGCAGUCCUAUGGCGGGUACUGCGGGUCCAUGUUUGUGGUCGGCGCCGGCCUCGCGACGCUCGAAACCGCUGCCGAUCCAUUUCUGUCCAUCUGCGGACCCCCUCGCUACUCCGAGGUCCGCCUGAACCUCGCCCAGGCAAUCCAGGGCGUCGGCUCGUUUGUCGCGCCUCUCCUGGCCUCGCGCGUCUUCUUCGCCAACACCAUCGACACAAACGAGGGGCUGAAGAACGUACAGUGGGUGUACCUCGGCGUUGCGGGCUUUGUUGCCCUGCUCAUCGUCCUGUUCUUCCUGGCGCCCAUGCCCGAGAUCACCGACGCGGACAUGAACGCCCAGGAGGGCGAGAUGGGCCGCGCGGACCCGGGCCCGUUCCGAAAGCAGUACAACCUAUUCUUGGCCAUCUGGUCUCAGUUCUGCUACGUCGGCGCGCAGGUUGCAGUUGCGUUUUGCGUCGAAGCCGGACGGGAUAAAGCCCAAGGCUCCGACCUUCUCGCCCUAGGUCAAGGGCUGUACGCCCUGAACCGAUUCCUGGCUGGCCUGUUGAUGACGAUACCGGCGGUGCGGCCUCGCUACAUCCUCGCGCUCUACCUGGGACUUUGCUUCGUCUUCGUCACGGCGGCCAUUAACACGGCGGGAACGGUGUCGAUCGCGAUGCUGAUUUUGGUACUCUGCUUCGAGUCUGCCUGCUUUGCCACGAUAUUCACACUUGGGCUACGCGGCCUGGGCCGCCACACCAAGAUAGGGGGCUCCCUCCUGGUCGCCGCCAUCUCGGGAGGCAUGGUUUUCCCGCCCAUGACGGGCGCCUUGAUGGACGCGAGGGGGGCGCACAUUGCCAUGGUGAUUCCCAUGAUGGGCUAUAUCCUGGCUUGGAUGUGGGUUUCCAGUCUCCAGCCUUUGAUUUCUGCCCCCUUGUUCAGUUUCCAGGCUGACGAAUCAUCCACUAGCUAUCCUCUAUACGUCAACGUGUGGAAUAGAGAGGUCAUGGAUGCUCAUCGCGACACCACAUAUAGCAUUGAGCCAUCCGCCAGCGAGAGUCACAAAAUGGAGAGCCAAGUGUCACAUGGGGGAAACGGCAACCGGGACACUGUGGCCGACAGCAAGCUUGACGUUGGAGGCGCUGAUGCGAGAUAG